GAGCAACCAGGAGCUGACCUCUGGAGCAGGAGUUUUUUGUGCUCUUUAUUUAUUUGCUGUGGGACAGUUUGGCAUGAACUGAGGUAGGGUGAAAGACGAGUUCUUGGAUAACCACGUUAAAUCCCAGGCUCUCCAAAUGCCAGCCCCCACCCGGCAGCCUGCCCAGCCCCGUGAGUAACCUUCACCGGGGACCUGCUGUUGCUCUGAGCGAGAGCUGUGCUCGCCUCGUGCUGCUGGGUGAGAAAUCCUUCUGGGGGAGGAGGAGGAGGACGGCGGUGACACUCGAAGCCUGCUGGAAUCGCUGGCUGUUGUGGCAGAAAGCCGGCAGGAGCCUCCAGACUGGAAUUCUGCAGGGGGACAGUGCCACCGGAGGAAGUGGCAAAGCCCUGGUAGCAAGAAGAGCCUGAGUGGGAUCAUCUCUAAAAGCCAGUCCUUUCCUCUGGUGUUCCUUUAAGCUUCUGCGUCCUUCACUUCAUCUGGUUUUCCCUCUGCCCCGUCACAUCUGCUGGGAAGAAAAACUGGGAAAAGAUGCGCUAAGGCAUCCCACAUCAAGGGAGGAAAGCUUGGCUCGGUGGCUGCUGGGGCACACAGCGCUGGAGAGGAGCAGAGCCGCAGGGAGCUGCUGCCAUUCCCAGCUCCUGCCGUGUCCCCUGCCCUGCUCGGUGUCCCCUGGGCGCUGCUUGAUGGGGAUCUCUGCUGCAGGAGCAGGCUCUGCACUCCGGGCCGGGCGAGCAGGGCUGGCACAGCUCACCCCUAGAUGCUGGAAAGGCCGUGUGGAUAAGCUGCUGGCAGAAGAUCCCUUCUGGAGCAGCUGCUGGCUGUAGGCCCACCGAGCCAAGGGUCAGGAGAGCCUGUCCUGCAGCAUGACUUCCAAGCUGGAGCAGAAGGAGACCCCCCAGGCCAACGGGGCCGCGCUGCCCGGUGUGCCCGGGGACAGCCUGGCCAGCCCGGAGCGCGCCCAGCGCCCGCAGCCCUCGGAUUUCCUGGGGCCCGAUGGCUCCGCUGUGGAAGUGGUGGUGCUGGAGUCCCGUGCCAACGCCAAAGGGGUGAGGGAGGAGGAUGCCCUGCUGGAAAACGGCAGCCAGAGCAAUGAGAGCGAUGACACCAGCACGGACCGGGGUCCUGAGCCCGCCUCGCCCCUCAAGGAAACCUCGUUUUCCAUCGGGCUGCAGGUCCUCUUCCCCUUCCUGCUGGCAGGUUUUGGCACGGUCGCUGCUGGAAUGGUGCUGGACAUUGUGCAGCACUGGGACGUCUUCAAAUACGUGACUGAGGUGUUUAUCUUGGUUCCUGCUUUGCUGGGCCUGAAGGGGAACCUGGAGAUGACCCUGGCAUCCCGCCUGUCCACAGCUGCUAAUAUUGGCCAAAUGGAUACACCCAAAGAGCUCUGGAAGAUGAUUACAGGGAACAUGGCUCUGAUACAGGUCCAGGCCACCGUGGUUGGCUUCCUGGCCUCGAUUGCAGCCGUGGUGUUUGGGUGGAUCCCAGACGGGCACUUCAGCCUGGCCCACGCUGUCCUGCUGUGUGCCAGCAGCGUGGCCACUGCCUUCAUUGCUUCCCUCGUCCUGGGCAUGAUUAUGAUUGGGGUGAUCAUCGGCUCCAGGAAGAUGGGGAUCAAUCCUGACAACGUGGCCACGCCGAUCGCUGCCAGCCUGGGGGACCUCAUCACGCUGGCCCUGCUGUCAGGGAUCAGCUGGGGCUUGUACAAGGAGCUGGAGAGCAGAGCCUACGUGAACCCCUUGGUGUGCGCCUUCUUCAUCUCCCUGCUGCCCAUCUGGAUCAUCAUUGCCAAGAGGAAUUCCGCCACGCGGGAGGUGCUGUACUCGGGCUGGGAGCCCGUCAUCAUCGCCAUGGCCAUCAGCAGUGUCGGGGGGCUGAUCCUGGACCGGACGGUGUCGGAUCCCAACUUUGCUGGGAUGGCCGUGUUCACUCCCGUCAUCAACGGUGUUGGUGGCAACCUGGUGGCAGUGCAGGCCAGCCGCAUCUCCACCUACCUGCACAUGAGCGGGGAGCCCGGAGACAGCCCCGGGACGGCCCCUCGGAGGUGCCCCAGCCCCUGCAGCACCUUCUUCAGCCCAGAUGUGAAUUCCCGCUCUGCCCGCGUGCUCUUCCUCCUGGUGGUGCCAGGACACCUGGUUUUCCUCUACACCAUCCACUCCAUGCAGGGGGGACACACCACGCUCACCCUCAUCUUCAUCGUCUUCUACAUGACUGCAGCACUGCUCCAGGUGCUGAUCCUGCUCUACAUCGCUGACUGGAUGGUGCACUGGAUGUGGGGCAGGCACCUGGAUCCCGACAACUUCUCCAUCCCCUACCUGACAGCUCUGGGGGACCUGAUUGGGACGGGGCUCCUGGCCCUGAGCUUCCACGUGCUCUGGCUCAUCGGUGACCGGGACUCCGAUGUUGGGGAUUAACUCUGCCCCUCCCUUCCCACAGCUCUCCUUCCAUCUGCUGUUCCUUUGCUUCCUCCUCCUCCCACCCCCUCGAGACUUCAUCUUUGAUACUGGAUUCUCAUUAUUUUCAAUGGGAAUUUUACGUGGUUUAUAUUUCGAGCCGAGUUUGUACAGAAAAUCUAUCUAGUUUUAGGGAGGACAAACAAACAAACAAACAAAAGUGUAACGAGACAAUCACUAAGUGCAAUUUUCCUGGCAGUUAUGUCUGAACCAAGGUUCCAGUGAAGUUCCUGCUCGGUCAGAUGAUGCAGGGAGCCCCCCCUGCCCACCCCCUCGAGGUGAAGGGCUGCUUUUUUCGCUUCAUAAGCGUUUUAAACCCUGCAGGUCGAGCUCAGGUUUGUUUUGCUGGCACCUUCCAGCCGGGUUCAUGGCUGAGGGCAGGGGGUGCCCCUGCCUUGGCUCCCCGGAGCUCCAGCCUGGGCCCACAUCCAAAAAUGGGGAGUGUCUGCGAGGGGGGAUGAGGAGGAUGGCGAGGAAGGCUCCUGUGUUCACCCCAGGAAUGUGGGUGAGCUGCUCUGAGAGCCCCAGACCCUGGCUGGGCUCUGCUGGCAGCUUUGGGCUCCCUUUCGCCGCCCACCCCAGGCUGCAGCGCCUGCUUCUGCCUCGGUGAGCCGAGUUCAGCUGCCCUGAGCUUCGCCCAGAGGGGCUGGCAGCUCUCCCCACCCAUCAUCUCCCCUUCCAGCUGCCAAAAAUCCUCUGCAGCAUCCGCUGGAGCCCUCCUGGACGCUGUCCCCUUGUGCUGCUCCUUUUUCAUGGCUCUGCUCAGUGCAGCCGACUUUCCCAGAGGGGUGGAUGGACAAACAGCUCCUGGAUUUUGUGUCCAGGUUUCCUUUGGGUUGCUGAGUGCCAAAAGUGUACUGAAUGAACUGGGUUGGGGGUUCUGAGCUGGGGAGGAGCAUUUUGCUCUGUUAGGAAAGGAUGUCCAUGGGAUCCAGGGGAUUUCUCGCUCUGCGUAGGUGCCAGCUGGAAAACAGCUGGAAAUGCAGGCACAGCUGGAUCGCUGGAGCCCUGGCUCUUGGUGCAGCUCAGGAAACCUGGGAUUGGGGUUCAGCCCUGGCUGAGUGCUGCCAGUGCAGGGUUCCUCCUCUGCUGCUUCCCCUCCUGCUUUUUGUGCUGUUCAGGUCAGGCCUGGCUGGAAUUCCUUCUCUUCCCGUUAGGCCGUGCUGGGAGGGCAGCAAAAAACCAGAGGGAGUGCACCCAGAUGGGCAAUUCAAGACCAAAGUCAGUCCAGGCUCAUUGUCCCAGCCCAGGAUCUGGGUGCAGAGCUGGGCCUCGCUCCAGAGAUGACGCUGUUGGAAAAGAGGGUCAGGAUAAGGAGCUCUGGAAAUCCACGGGAGCAGGUGGAGCCAAACCAGGGCUCUUGGAGUUGUGGAAACCAUUCCCUGCUGCUGGGGGUGUGCAGGAGGCUGAGGUGGGCUCCAGGCUGCUCCUCAGCCCCUCAGAAGAGCAGGUGUUGUAUUUUUGAGAUGAUUUCCCCUUUUUUUCCCCUUGCUAAUCCAACAUCAGGCUCGCUGCCCCUGCUCCUCGUUGCUCCGGUGUGGGAGCAGCUCUGCUCCUCCUCUCUCCACUCUGGUGACAUUUCACAGAUCUCCUUGGGCCAAAGCUGUGCUCAAAGUGGGAAACCCAACCACAAAACAAACCCUGUCCCUGCUGUGCUGAACUCUCAGCCCAGGGACUUCUGGAAUAUUUUCUGGAAUAUUCUCAGCUGCUCACCUGAUUCCUCUGCCUGAUGUUGAGGAAUAAACGCAAGACUUUUUUCCAUUAACACUUCAGCUUUUUCGGAUAUAGAGAGAAACUCUGCUGGCCUUUCCUGGUGUCACAUCACCACUUAAUCCCCCAGGAAAAGAUUCCCUAGAGGAGGAAUCUGCCUCUCCUGGUCAGGGGUGGUGGGGCUGGGGGGGUCUGUACAUUAAAUAUGGUCAAAGGUGUGCUUGGGGAAUGGUCAGGGAAGAAUCUAAUUUAAAUCUGAGGAAUAUUGAUGGAAAGAAAAAAACCCCACCUCUUCCCACUGGUUGCACUCCAAUGCAUGCCUACUCUACAGCUGCCUGCAGAUCCUGGUUUACUCUUUUAUUAAAGGAAAAAGACUGUCUUAAUUAUUUAUAGUUCCUAUAACUGACAGAUGUCGACCUAAUGGAUAAAUUAUAUUUGAUUAAAUAAAGAUGACAUUUAUUUAUGUGGA